GCCCCGCCUCCAUGCCCCAGCCACACUUCCCGGACCCGAACCCGUCCGGGGCGGAGCUGCACCAGGUGCGGGCCUGGGGCGUGGCGGGCGUCACGGAGCGCCAGGUGCGGCUUCCGCGUCAAGAUGGCCGCCACCAGCUGGGCCGGGGUCUGGCUCCCAUCCCGCGGCUGCCUUCCCGCCAGGCGCCCGCUGCUGCGAGUCGCCCUCUGCCUUCUGUGCUGGGGCCCGGCGGCUGUGGGCGCCGUCCCCGAGCUCGGGCUCUGGGCAGCGACGAUCAAUGACAAAUCAGGACCUUUGAUAUUUAGGAAAACUAUGUUUAACUCUACUGAGAUCAAGUUUUCUGUUAAGUCAUUCAGUUGCUCUGGGCCUGUGAAGUUUACCAUAGUGUGGCUUUUGGAACAUCAUACCUGUCACAAUGAAUAUUCUAACCUGGAAGAGCUGUCCCAGAAACAUGAACUUAGUGUCAGUGAAGACUUCUGUGGUCAUUAUUUCAAGAACAGCGAAUGUUGGACAACAAAAACUGAAAACUUAGAUUGCGACAGUGAUUUACAGGUGUUUCCCUCAUUGAAUAAUAAAGAACUAAUAACAAAUACCAGUAAUGUUUCAAACCAGGAAGGGUCAACGGAUGUUGUAGCCAAAACACAGAGAGAUGGGUUUCAUAUCUUUAUUGUUUCUAUUAAAACAGAAAAAACAGAUGCAAGCUGGAAUUUGAAUGUUUCUCUUUCUAUGAUGGGGCCUCAUGGAUAUAUCUCUGCAUCAGAUUGGCCUCUGAUGAUUUUCUACAUGGUGAUGUGUAUCGUUUAUAUCUUAUAUGGCGUACUCUGGCUGAUGUGGUCUGCCUGCUAUUGGAAAGAUAUAUUAAGAAUCCAGUUCUGGAUUGCAGCUGUUAUUUUCCUGGGAAUGCUUGAAAAAGCAGUUUUUUAUGCUGAAUACCAAAACAUCAACAGCACUGGGUUAUCAACCCAGAGUUUACUGAUCUUCGCGGAGUUGAUAUCUGCGAUUAAGAGGACGCUGGCUCGCCUUCUGGUGAUCAUCGUGAGCUUGGGAUACGGCAUUGUCAAGCCUCGUCUAGGAACAGUCAUGCACCGGGUCAUCGGACUGGGGAUUCUUUACUUUAUCUUUGCGGCUACUGAAGGCGUGAUAAGAGUCAUUGGGGCAAAUGAUUCAGAUCUUGUGCUUCUGGCCAGCCUCCCUCUGUCUCUCCUUGACUCUGGCUUGUGCUGGUGGAUUUUUAUAAGUUUGGCACAAACUAUGAAGACUCUAAGGCUAAGAAAGAACACAGUGAAAUUUUCUUUGUACAGGCACUUUACAAAUACCCUGAUCUUUGCCAUAAUGGCAUCUGUAGUGUUUAUGGUGUGGACAACUAAGACAUUUAGAAUUGCAAAAUGUCAAUCAGAUUGGAUGGAACGCUGGGUUGAUGAUGCAUUUUGGAGCUUCCUUUUUUCCCUUAUCCUUAUUGUAAUAAUGUUUUUGUGGAGACCAUCAGCAAAUAAUCAGAGAUAUGCCUUCAUGCCCUUAAUAGAUGAUUCUGAUGAUGAAAUUGAAGAAUUCAUGGUAACAUCUGAAAAUUUAACUGACGGAAUAAAAUUAAGAGUCUCAAAAAUGGUUUCCAAUGGAACAGCUAAACCUGCUACUUCUGAUAAUUUUGAUGAAGAUUUGAAGUGGGUGGAGGAAAACAUUCCCUCUUCAUUCACAGAUAUAGCUCUUCCAGUAUUAGCGGAUUCAGAUGAGGAAAUUAUGACCAGAUCUGAAAUGGCAGAAAAAAUGUUCUCUUCAGAAAAAAUAAUGUGAUUGGAACCCACAUAAAUGAAGCCUGCAUAACAGUGAAGGACUUCCUCAAGACUAAAAGAGAACUUUGUUUUGAUAUAGUACAAUCAGUUUUUAUUGCAUGAUCUUGGAAAUCUAUGUACUAAAAUUAGGAAUUCAGAUGGUGGGAGGGUUCUGCAACCCUUAUUAAGCUGACUCUUGAAUGCCAGUUUAACGUCCAUUAAAUUGCCUAGACUUGGCAAUGACCUGAGAGAAGUAUUAUAGUAAAGAUAGGUGCCCAAAUGCCCUUGGCUGAUGGGUGGCAGGCGUGUGGGUUUGGGUUCUCUCUUUUUUUCCUGGGAAAUACGACAAUUUAAAACAACUUUGUUACAUCAACACUCCUACUGUUCUUCCACUGACCUUUGUUUGAUUUGUGAUUCUGAGGUGUGGUAAAGCAGUGUCUCCACUCUUGGGUUUAUAGUUACUAGAUGCAGUAAUAAUUCUCUUUGAUUUUCAUGCUGAAGCAAUUUGAUAAGAAGUAAAACUUGGUUAACGUUGGAACAUAAGGAUGUUUAUAUGGUUAGGUUUGCUGUGUGUGUGUACCUGUGUGUAUGCACAUCUGCACAAAGCCCUUGUGUGUGAUUAUCACCACACACAUCAAAUCAUAGCGUUGGUCUUCUCUGUCUGAGCUCAGGGGAGCACAGUACAUGGAGAGAGUUUACUUCCAAAGAUCUGCUCUGCCGCUGUCCCCUCCCUCAGGCCAGAUAUCUGUGUGCUGCUGCUGAAUGCCUGGGGCAGGUGGGGUCCCCUGGCCACAUGGCUCCGCCAGAGCACUUCCUCCCUGGCGAGCUGGGAGGCUCAUUACCAGUGAACCUUGAGGAAACUAGAACCUUCUACGUAAUCUUAGCAUAUUUGGUUUCAUAACAAAAUAUAUAUUUAACUGCAUAGUACAUCACUAUUAAUCUUGUAACUAAUUUUUUAACCUUAAACCAUGUUUUAUACAUUAUUUUGUUACAUUAUAUAUGUAAUGUGUAAUUUGAAAUUAAAAAAAAAUUUUUUUUUAAUGCAGAACGUUCUAAACUUGAAAAGCAGUUGAAUAUAGUAUGAUGGAAAUGGUGAAUGUUUUGCUGCUCUCCUGACCAAAGAUACAGCCUAGUGAACAUUUAGAAUAGGAAUUAAAGUUAGAAUCCUGUGUGUCUUUCUUUGAAGGAGUUCUAAGCUUGUGAGUUGAGGAUGACUUCAGAGUUUUUUGUUUGUUUGUUUGUUUUUUGUUUGUUUUGCGGUAUGCGGGCCUCCCACCGCUGUGGCCCCUUCCGCCACGGAGCACAGGCUCCGGAUGUGCAGGCCCAGCAGCCGUGGCCCACGGGCCCAGCCGCUCCACAGCACGUGGGAUCCUGCCGGACCAGGGCACGAACCCGUGUCCCCCGCAUCGGCAGGCGGACUCCCAACCACUGCGCCACCAGGGAAGCCACCAGAGUUUUUGAUUAAGCAUUAAAGUCUUAACCAGUACAAACACUUAAAUCAUAACCUUUCAUUGAUUUUUUUCAUUGUGAAGCCACAAAACAAAAUGAUUUCUUUCAAAAGCCUGCAUUAUGAAUUGGUUUCUCAUUUACUCGUUUCAUAGGAGUUAGUAAAAAAGCUUUCUAGUAGUAACGCCUCUUGAAAGAUACUUUCAAAUUUAUUUGCAGUAGUGAAUAUGGACCGUGUUGUACUGAGAAAGGUUUGGGACGUCCUUCCCAAGAAAAGAACAUCUAACAGUGUGGUUCCCUUCCUUAUUUCUGUUUCUGCCACAAUAAUGGGCUCCCACCUACCAUCUUUCCCAGCAUUUAUGUCCAUUCUGGUUUUGGUGUAUUUUACCCUCAGCCCAGUUGUUUCAGAGCUGGAGGUGACCAGUGCCUUCUUGUUCCUAACAUUUGUAUCUAAUACCAGUCCCCAGAUUUUGAAGCAGAUUGAUCCCCAACUCAUAGGGCUCUAGUUGAAUUUUGAAAUGUAGAAUCCUGGGUUUCCAGCUGCAGAUGUCGUGGAGUGCGAGUGGGGAGUUGAUGGUAACUGUGUAGUAAUAAGGGAAAAUGCUUCUCACAUAACCUUGAUAGUGUUUAUAAAAACACUUCUGUCUGCAGCUGGCAAGAAAAAUGCUGCCGGUAUGGCUCAGGUGCACACCGCAAUGCAGACUUUUCUCCAAAUCACAGAAAGCAGUGUUUUCUCCUGAUAACCUCAUCAGAAAUGUUUUUCAAGGGGUGUAUACUGUGUCUGUCACCUUCAGUGGCACUUGUGUUUGUUGGUGACUCGUGAGCUGAAUCGAGUGUUCCUACAGCGGACCUUCUCGGCCCCCUUGUGUGCGCAGGAGGGGCUCCCUGGGGCUCUAGCCGUAGUUCUGAUGAAGGACCCCAGGGAGAAGUCACACUCAGAGCCACUGUACAGUUCGUCAUCCCCGCUUCUGCACAAAGUUUCCAGAAACUGGGCAUCAGGGUCUUUGAGGCUCUCACAUCAUUUUAUUCUUAGGAUGUCAUCAGGAUGGGUUUUCCCCAUUAAUGCAGGGAUCUGAGAAUAAGAGUCCAGUUUUAUGUGUUCCUAGGCAAAAUGCUUAAGUGUUUUUAUUAUGCAAUUCAUGUUAGGUUUAUGUGAUGUAUGAAAUCUGCUUAAAAGGGAAUUUUCAUGAUUUGAGUUAGAUUAGUAUUAGUAUCUGCUUUAGUGGAGCUUUAAGUUAGUUUAUUUCAAAAAAUAAGGAAAAAUAGAUGAAUAUGUGAAUUUUUUAAGCCCGAGAGAUAAGAUGCUCCCAUACUUUUUACUUUUCCUGUAAAGAAAAUAAUAUUUAAAAUCUUUCACAUAUCCUGUAGAGAGGACUGACUUUCCCCCUCUAUGGCAGUAUAUUAUAUUUGCACUACUGUAAUGUGAAGAUUGAAAGUAUAAAAGACAUACAUGUACAUGAAAGUAUAAAACGUUGAUUUUUAUAUCCUUUUUUCAAAAGGAAUUUGAGUCUAUUGCACUAGGCCAUACAGGACUGGUUUAUGAGCCGUACUAUGCUAGAUUUAUAAGUCCCUAGUUUUGGUACUUGUGUCUUCGUAUGAUCAACAGCAUGCGAUAAGCAAUACAAAACACCAUGCCUUAUAAGAAAGAAGUUUAACAUGUUGGUUAAAGUACUAAAUUACAUAACGAAUGUAUAUAAGUGACAAAACUAGAUUUAAGGAAAUGUACAUUAUAACACAGGAGCUCAAUAAGAAACUUCUUUAGAACUAGGAAAACAUGUAUUUGGGAAGAAAGGGGCUUAAGAAGUUAUAUAUUUUUAUUUAAAAGUUUAAAUUAUUGUAUUAUUUGGAAGAAGCUGCUCUGAAUGUAGGACAAAGCUAUUUCAAAGAUUUUUGUUUGAAAAAACUGAUGUAUUUUUGUGCCUUAAUAUUUGU